GCGUUUGACAGCUUGCCAGUGGGCUAGAAAAAAAUCGGAGGAGAAUAGACCCUGGCUGGCUCAUUACUAGGAAAGAGGCGUCAUCUGCCUCCAUAGAAAGCUAGGGAGUGUUUAUUUGCCUUUGCGCCCUGUACAUAGCUUACCUAACGAGGAUAUGGUUUUUAUUUUGACGAACGGCUGAUUUUCAUUAGAGGUAGGAUUUUUUUUUAUUAGCGACGCACCGCUGGUUGAGGCUUCGUCGUCAAUGUGGCCAUGAAUCCGGCUGAACAGACGGUGACAUGGCUCAUCACCCUCGGCGUGCUGGAAUCGCCGAAAAAGACCAUUUCGGACCCCGAAGGUUUUUUGCAGACAUCGUUAAAAGAUGGGGUGGUUUUAUGCAGGCUGCUGGAGCGACUGCGUCCAGGCACUACAGAGAAAAUUUACCAGGAACCUAAGAACGACAACGAGUGCUUGAACAACAUCAAGGAGUUUCUCAAAGGCUGCACCACGUUUCGGGUCGAGCCCUUUGAGCCCAGUGAUUUGCUGCAGGGUCAGAACGUUACCAAGGUCCUCAGCACUCUGGUGGCUCUCAACAAAGUCACUGCAGACAUCAGUGUGGGUGGUGACUCUGUGGGCUCUCGCCUCUCCUCCACACCGCGGAUCAAGUCCUUUGAGUCUCUGUCCUCUCAAUCCUCCCUGGCACGAUCCUCUAAGUCUCUCCACAACCAGUUCCGGAGCCUGGACAUGACUGAGAACAGUAAUGCCCAGCUGGUGGUGAAGGCUCGCUUCAACUUCCAGCAGACCAAUGAGGACGAGCUGUCCUUCUCCAAGGGUGACAUCAUCCAUGUCAUCCGCACUGAGGAGGGAGGCUGGUGGGAGGGCAGCUUCAACGGGAAGACCGGCUGGUUCCCCAGCAACUACGUCCGCGAGAUCAAAGAGAAGCCCGUGUCCCCCAAGUCUGGUACGCUGAAGAGCCCCCCAAAAGGGUUUGACACCACUGCCAUCAGCAAGACCUACUACAACCUGGUGCUUCAGAACAUUCUAGAGACCGAGACGGAAUAUUCCAAAGACCUGCAGAACCUUCUGUCCAAUUACCUGCGCUCGCUCCAAAACACAGACAAGCUCAGUAGCUCAGACAUCAGCGUCAUCCUGGGGAAUCUGGAGGAGAUCAGCACGUUCCAGCAGACUCUUGUCCAGUCCCUGGAGGACAUCACCAGACACCCAGAGACGCAGCAGAGGGUGGGAGGCUUCUUCCUCAAGCUCAUCCCCCAGAUGAAGUCUCUGUACGUGUGCUACUGCUCCAACCACCCCUCCACUGUCAACGUUCUGAUGGAGCACAGUGAGGAGCUGGGGGAGUUCAUGGAGAGUAAAGGGGCCAGCAGUCCCGGCAUCCUCACCCUGACCACAGGCCUGAGUAAGCCCUUCAUGAGGCUCGACAAGUACCCCACCCUGCUCAAGGAGCUUGAGCGGCACAUGGAGGAGGGUCAUCCUGAUAGGCCGGACAUUCAGAAGUGCAUGACUACAUUCAAAAGCCUCUCGGCGCAGUGUCAGGAGGUGCGCAAGCGCAAGGAGCUGGAGCUGCAGAUCCUGACGGAGAGCAUCCGGCUGUGGGAGGGCGAGGACAUCCACACGCUGGGCUCCGUGCUCUACAUCAGUCAGGCCAUGGUGCAGAGCCACAGCUCCGAGGAGAGACAUGAGCGCUACCUCCUGCUCUUCCCUCACGUGCUGCUCCUCCUCUCUGCCAGCCCCAGGAUGAGUGGAUUCAUCUUUCAGGGGAAGCUGCCAUUGACGGGCAUGAUGGUGACCAAACUAGACGAGUCUGAAAGCCACAAAAAUGCCUUUGAGCUGUCUGGGAGCAUGUUUGAGCGGAUCAGGGUGAUGUGCUUCACACAGCAGGACCAGCAGGACUGGCUGGAUCACCUGACGCGCCAGACCAAACACACCUCCAUGACCGCGCCCAGCCUCAAGCCCCUCACCGUGCCCUGCCACACGCUCCCAUCCCACCCCCUGACUCCGUCCCGACAGUCGGAGAGCCGGGGGCUGACCGUGGGCCCUGCCUACCACACGCUGCCGCACCCCUCCUCCCAUGGGGCCCCUCACAGCACCAUGAUGUGGGGCCCUCUGGAGCCGCCCAAGACCCAGAAGCCCUGGAGCCUCAGCUGCCUCCGCCCCGCGCCCCCCCUCAGGCCCUCCGCCGCACUCUGCUACAAGGAGCAGGACCUCAGCAAAAGCCCCAAGAGCAUGAAGAAGCUGCUGCCCAAGCGUAAGCCUGAGAGGAAACCAUCUGAUGAGGAGUUUGCCCUGCGCAAGAGUACGGCAGCUCUGGAGGAGGAUGCUCAGAUCCUGAAGGUGAUCGAGGCCUACUGCACGAGUGCCAAGACCAGACAGACUCUCAACUCAACAUGGCAAGGGACAGACCUGAUGCACAACCACGUGCUGGACCAGUCCAGUGUGGACCCUCUGGGCCACCGUAGCAGCGUGUCGCGGCCGGAGGGCAGCUCGGACCUGUCGGAGGACUCGGACUAUGACAGUAUAUGGACGGCCCACAGUUACAGGAUGGGGCCCAUGACUCGCACGAGGCGUGACACGGGACCGUCCGCACUGUUUCCAGAGAGGAUCAUCGUCGAGGAGACCAAGAGCAACGGUCAGACCGUCUCCGAGGAGAAGAGCCUGGUGGACGUAGUGUACGCCUUAAGAGAUGAGGUGCGGGAGCUGAAACAGGACAAUAAAAAGAUGAAACGAUCUCUGGAGGAGGAGCAGAGAGCACGAAAAGAUCUGGAGAAGAUUGUAAGGAAAGUCUUAAAGAACCUGAACGACCCAUCCUGGGAUGAGACCAACUUAUGAGUUUUCGUGUGUGUGUGUGUGUGUGUGUGUGUGUGUGUGAGUGUGUGACAUUUUUGGUACAUUUGAUCUGCUUGCAUGGGUCUUUCCCUGUUGAAGGGAUGUGUGUCUGCAAGCAUAUGGUAACACAAACAUACAGGUGAGCAUGUAAAGUGUGUGUGUGUAACUGUACAUGCCUGCAAAUUCAAGUAUGUUUGUGUGUGCGUGUGCUAUGUGGUUAAGGCGAGUGAGAAUUCUAAACUUGCCGUCCUGCUGAUGUACUGACCAAGGGUACCGUCCACAGUGAUGCCAGCGGUCUAUUGCCCCACCCCCUGUGCCUCUCAUUCCAGCCUCACUGACCAAUCAAUGCAGGGGAAAGGACACAACCAUGCAUCACUAUGGGGACUUGCAACCGCAUUCUGUUUUCAGGAAUAAACAUCAUUCAAUCAGGCUGGAUUACCUGACUUAAGUAAUUAUGCCAAGUUAUGGACCUCAGUUUGAUUCCAAACAGGAUUUUUAUGCAAAACUUUCAGGAUGGGUCUUAACCACUCUAGGGCGUGAACCGUAGACAAGUGCGUGUUUUUGUGUGUGUUUGUGGUCGAGAGAGAUGCGGUGAAGAGGUACUAAAUUUAUAUAACUGACUUUUUAAAAAAUAAUGUAAAUAUAUAUAUAAUGCAAACACAUGCCGUCCUCAGCAUGUUCUCCUUCCAUUUCCACUCUUUCAAAUUAAACUUUCAGUGGCUUUAAACUGGUUUCGCCUUCUCCCCUGCGACUCCCCUCCCCUUGUACUCAAAAAGGUACAAUCUUAUGUUUUAUGUGACCCCUGAGGUACAAUGUGCAGGAAAAGCUCAAUGCCUUGAAUGCACAACAUGUUUUUUAAUUGUAGUUUUUUUUUCCUUCAUUUUAUUUGUGAAACUUGCAGCUGACAAAGCCAAGAGGUGUGAUCCUGAGUCUUAGAACAUUCAGUCAAAAAGCUUAUUUAUUUUUCAGUCUCGCACUAUGUUUCUGAAAACACCAACCUCUGUACAUACAAAACUGUAAAUAAAGACCUCUACUGUUUUUCA